GAGUGGUUCCGCUUUUUUUACCAGUGUAACAUUUCGAUACCACGACGGAUUAUUUGGGCACUGCGCAAAGCCAAUGUGUAUCGGGUACUCUUGUGGCUCCAGGAGGUGUCGUAUCAUACCCAGGUGAAGGGGCUGCAGGCGCCCUGGUGCCAGUUCCAGUGUCUGGACCGGCGCCCAUAACCAUGAACCAACUGGGCACCGUGUAUGCCACCAAGAGGCGCCGUCGGAAUGGUAAAAGUUUGAAACCAACACCAAAGGACGGAAUAACGAAGAGCAACCCUAGCAAAAGACAUCGAGAAAGGUUGAACGCUGAACUUGACAACUUGGCCAGCCUACUGCCAUUCGAACAAAACAUCCUCUCCAAACUGGACCGUCUGUCAAUCCUUCGUCUUUCUGUCAGCUAUUUACGCACCAAAAGUUAUUUUCAAGUGGUCAUGCACAAAGAUAAAGACGAUGGAGGUGGUAUACAUCGGUCCAGGGACCUCACUGCUUUUGAUCAUACACCUUUAGAUGGCGAAAUGUUUCUCCAGGCACUAAAUGGGUUCCUGAUGAUUCUAACUUGUGAAGGUGAAGUUUUUUUUGCAACGCACAGUAUAGAAGGAUAUUUAGGAUUUCACCAGUCGGACAUUGUCCACCAGUCGGUAUACGAAUUGGUCCAUUCUGAGGACAGAGAGGAGCUACAAAGACAGCUGAUGUGGAAUUCUUUCCUUCCUCCAGAAUCAGGAAAUAUGGGUCUUCAGGAUGUUCUGCUUCCAGAACACAGUAAUCUGUUAGAAAGAAGUUUUACGGUGCGCUUCCGAUGUUUAUUAGAUAACACUUCCGGUUUUUUGCGUUUAGACAUUAGAGGUAGAGUCAAAGUCCUCCACGGUCAGAAUCGUAAAUUAGAAGAGCCACCCCUUGCCCUCUUCGCAAUUUGCACCCCCUUCGGGCCUCCGUCACUGUUAGAAAUACCGCAAAAAGAAGUUAUGUUCAAAAGUAAGCACAAGUUAGAUCUCUCCCUGGUGUCCAUGGAUCAAAGGGGUAAAAUGUUAUUAGGUUAUUCAGAUUCUGAACUGGCCAAUAUGGGUGGCUAUGAUUUGGUGCACUAUGACGACUUGGCAUACGUGGCAAGUGCGCAUCAAGAACUACUCAAGACGGGUGCUUCAGGUAUGAUUGCAUACAGAAUCCAAACCAAAGAUAGGCAGUGGCAAUGGCUUCAGACCAGCUCAAGACUUGUGUACAAGAAUUCGAAGCCUGAUUUUGUGAUAAGCACACAUCGACCGCUCAUGGAAGAGGAGGGUCGGGAUCUGCUCGGCAAACGAACCAUGGACUUCAAGGUGAGCUACUUGGACGCCGGUCUUCCAAACAACUACUUCACGGAUUCGGAUCAGAUACUCAGCAGCGCAUCCAACGUUAGUUCCCACAGCGUACCCGUGGUGCCCUCCAGAGUGAACAAACGUUACAAAACCCAACUCAGGGACUUCCUGUCAACCUGUAGGACGAAGCGCAAACUUUCACACACCUCAAACGGCCAAGUGACCCCACCCGCUAACAACAACGUUUCUGCUGCGGUGGUACCACCCAUGGCAGCCGUGGAGUACAUCGCAUCCGACGGUUGCUCGGCCGCUUACAACAUGUACGCUUCUCCUUACUCCACGCCAUCCUCCGAUCACAGCCUGCCGUAUAUGGGACACACGAAUUUCCAGCACACCCUGUAUCCUAGUCCAGCAACCUUAGACAACCGGUACCUCACAGCGACUGACAACUUAUUCCAUCAGUACAGGCCUUUGAGUACUUACUACCCGGAUUACCACCAUUCCACGGCUUCUACGCCAUACGUCGGUAACAGCUUCUUGGAUAUGUCUCCUAGGACACCAACUGUACCCACUUACGACCACACAUCUUCCGCUUCCCCCCACCAUUCAUCCUACCGAUCCGCUGUGAUGCCGGUGGACGAGAAGCUAUACCCAUGUCCUCAAGUACUGGAUUCGACAACCAACAAGUAUCCACCGUACGUGGAUAGUUCGAGGGGGUAUGUUGUGGCAGGUCCCACCAAAUGCCUGGAUGUCAGUUGGCCCUACUCCGUCAGUCCAUCGUCAGGGAUCAUUCAGCCAGUACAGGUAGUUAGCACACAGUUGGAUUUAGCUCAAAAGCCAUGCGGGAAACAUUCAAAGCAUUCCUCCAUCGAUGGCAUAUCCCCCAACCACUCAUCUCCCCCUUUAUCGGCAGGUCUGAUAACCCCGAAAAUGGAAGAUGUGAAAUCUGAUGGAUCUCUAUUGCAACCCGACAGUUCUCAUCACAUCGCGAUGAACAAUUCCGUCACACCUCAGCAUUUUUCUCCUAUACCUGCCUCCGUCUCGGAAGUUCCGAGGCAAACAGUGCUGAUGUGGGGUUCAAACCACAUAGCGCCCGUCAGUAACCGUUCACCAUCAACCAGUCAUGGUUACUCCACUCCGCAACCAACGGAUGCUUGUGAUUCCCUGGCGAAUAUGACGGAUAUUGGUAACGCCGAAAUGUGUAAGUGGAACGGGGAAUCAAACAAUAAGACUGAAACAGCAAUUCAAAAUGUUGAACCUGAGAGCCCUCAACAACACCAUUCGAACCACCACAACCAUCACAAUAACAGGGUGGUCAUGGUUCUGUGAUGAAUAGUAUACAUAAAAAAUUGUAAAUAUACUAAAUAUAUCAUUGAUAAUAUCAGAAAACGUGCAACAACUUCUACUCGACAUUACCUUUCAUCAUAUCAUCUGUAAAAACUUGUUGUAUGUGAGAAUUUAUUGUCUUUAACUGACUCAGACUUGUCGAAUAGAAGUAAGUUUUACUCUUGCCACUUGAUAUAAGAAAGCCUAUAUAUCACAUGAAUUUACCGAAACAUAUCUUCCUGCAAAUGUAUUUUGUUGUCGUUGUCUUCGAACUUAGAAAUUCCAAUUGGAUCUAGAGAUAUUGAAGAAUUUGUAAGCAAAUAAUUAAAUUCGUUUUUACUCAAAUUAGAAGUGUAAUAUAUAAGGGUGAAACUGAAGCAUCAUUUUAUUUUCUGUUUAUUUUACAGUGAACCUAUGCUAGUCAUUGAAAUGUUUAUUUAUAUGAUAAUAAUAUAUUGUUAUACGAAAUGAGUCGCAGUAGUAGAACAAGUUUGUAGUUGAAAUUUUCGAUUUUUUAUACGAAUAUUUCCAGUUGAUGUCUUAUGUUAUUUUUUGCCGAAUGUCGAAUUAAAAAUUCAGUUUCGAAAUAUUGUACAAUAAAGAUUUACUAUAAAUAUUCUAUUAGCUGAAUGUACUGUGUAUGAAAAAUAUAUGAAAUAUUUAAAUAAAUGAAAAGUUAUAUUAUAUA